AUGGCGACAUGGGCAGACGUCAUGUCGUUUGCCCCGUCACGCAUCGUGACCCGUCUGACUCGCUCCCACAAGGCCAACGACCGUGACCACAAGGGUCUCGCCGACGGCUCCGCCGCGCCCUCGGAACACCUCCCACGCUUCUUCGCGAAGCACGGCUACGCCGACGUCGACCCCAAAAAGGUCAAGAAGGAUGGCGGCGGCAAGGGAAACUGGGGGAGCUUUGGCGAGGAGGUGAUGGAUGAGGAGUUCCGCUUCACCAACGCGCGCCGCCGCUCCAACAGCAGCAGCGUCUCCCACUCCAUGGGAGACUUCAAGACCAAGUUUGACGUCAACGAGCACGACCCCGUCUUCGAGGAGUCGGUCCACGGCCCCGUCAGCGAAGAGGGCGACGACCUGUCCAAGACGGACUCGUCGGAGAGCGGCAUCUCGUCUUAG